GUCCCGGUGACGCACAAGAAUGGCUCUGGUGUGGCUCUGUGGGAAGACCCGCUCCCCGUGGCGCCGCGUGCUGCAGAAGUGGGCUUUGCUCACGGUGGGGGCCGUGGGGCUGUGCUAUCUGCUGUCCCCCACCACGGCCCCGUGGUCUCGCGCAGCCCCCAGCCCCGCACCCACCUCCACGGCAGCCCCCAGCUCCCCCCCAGCUCCGCCCAGCGUCACCCCGUGCGUGGCCAACGCUUCGGUGCAGAACAUCUCCGGCUUUGCCAAACUGCCCGAGCAGUCGCGGGACUUCAUGCUGUACCAGCACUGCCGUGCCUUCCCGCAGCUCCUCGACGUCCCCGGCAAAUGCGGGGGUCCUGCGGGCUCCUCCAACGUCUUCCUCCUCCUGGCCAUCAAAUCCUCCCCGGCCAACUACGAGCGGCGCGAGGUGAUCCGCAAGACGUGGGGUCAGCAGAGAACUUUGGAAGGGGCGCAGAUCCGGCGGGUGUUCCUGGUGGGGGUGGCCCCCAGAGCGUUGGACGCAGCCAAACUGAACCAUCUGCUGUGGCACGAGCAGCGCGAGCACCGCGACGUGCUGCAGUGGGACUUCAAGGACACCUUCUUCAACCUGACGCUGAAGCUGAUGCUGUUCCACACCUGGCUGCAGCAGCGCUGCCCCGGAGCGCACUUCGUCUUCAAUGGGGACGACGAUGUCUUCGUCAACACGGACAACGUGGUGGCCUUCACGCGGGGCAUCCCGAGCGAUCGGCACUUGCUGGCUGGGCAGGUGUUGGCUAACACGGGGCCCAUCCGUGACCCGGCCAGCAAGUACUUCGUGCCCACGCAGCUGAUGCCGUCGGAGCUGUUCCCACCGUACUGCAGCGGAGGAGGGGUGCUCAUGUCCGCCUUCACCGCGCGCGCCAUCCACCGCGCGGCGCAGCACAUCCCGCUCUUCCCCAUCGACGACGUCUACCUGGGGAUGUGCUUGGAGAGAGCCGGGCUGGCACCCAUCUCCCACGACGGCAUCCGGCCCUGGGGCAUCUACGUGCCCCGCCAUUCUGACCCCAUGGACCCCUGCUACUACCGGGAGCUGCUGGUGGUGCACCGCUUUGCGCCCUACGAGAUGGCCAUGAUGUGGCAGGCUAUCCACGCGCCCCAGCUGAGCUGCGGGAGGAAGGUGCGCAUCUCCUAGGAUGGAGCGGGAGGGACGACAUCACUGCUGCUGCUCGAGGGGCUGUGGGAUGCUGCUGUGGGGCUGAGGUGACUUCUUGGUGGUCAUGGAGGUGAUGCACUGCGGCUGCACCGUGGAGGCUCUGCCCCAGGACUGUCCGUCUUGUGCCCCGGUGCUCCUCUCGGUGCACAGGGACAAUAAAGGAACGCGUUUUGGA